AUGGGUAUUCAACCUCCCUUUCUUUAUGACCCAGUCAAGACAGAUUGGUCAUUUGAUCCAAAAGUCGUCUCCAGGGCGAGCUUAUCUCCCCCAGCUCCACGACCAAAGCGACCAGAUGGACCAUUGGUCAACUUCAAUGCACAUCCCGAUUCUUAUCUAAUUGUUCCGUUUGGAAAUGUGGGUUCCAAAUCAAUGGAUCCAUCUGUUAAGAAGAAGGUCAAGUGGUCCAGAAAAUUGACAUUGGUAUUGCGAUGCUUUCAACUCUUGGCAGCUGUCGGUCUUCUUGUCAUGUCAAUUCUGAUCACGGGUUUGGACAUUCUAUCGGGGUGGAUCAUGAAACUUGCACCCGCUAUAGCAAUUCUCCAUACAAUUUAUGGAGUAUUUCACUUAGCGCGAAGAUCUAGCGGUAGAGCACCCGGAUCUUCAGCAUCAUAUAUGCUCUUUGCAUCUUUGAUUGACACAACUAUCAUACCAUUUUAUGCAUAUAUUUCUUUGGCAGCUAAGACAAAGCAAACAACCUGGACUACAUCUCUAUCAGACAAGACCCUCCUAACGAUAUUCACCGAUGUUCUUUUUUACGCAGCCACGGUUGGGAGCGGGCUCCAUCUAAUAUCUUUAGCCAUAUCUCUCUAUCUCGCUGUUACAUUUCGCAAAAUCAACAAACUCCCUCCGGAUAUGAACCCUCUUGAAGAUAAUCUUACCUCCCGCCACAAACGCAACAAAUCCUCCAUUUCAACUUUCACUACCAUCACGUCUCCUUCCGAAAAGAGAAUGUCAAGAGUUUCCACUCUAGAGGAUAAACGUCGUUCUGAGGCGGCUUAUGAGGAUCUCGAUCAUCCUCCAAAAAUUCCUUUCCUACACACGCGCACCAACUCCAAUGAAUCGUUCCAAACCAACCAAUCCUCACCUCGUACCUCACGUACCGGUUCUCCCGCCCGUUAUAAUGCCUACAAGCCAGCAUCCAUAGUCCCUUCGCCAAAACGUGCCUCCCGUCACUCGUACGCUUCAGUCCCCGCCUCCGACCUCUCCUUUCAUACGGCUGAAGAAUCUAACAAUGACCCCAACACUAACGACGGUGUCAUAAACUGGUUCACCAGUGAUUCUCUCGGUAAAAAAGGCAACCGCAGCAGCGUACCAGGUCCUCGCCCUCACUCACACCAAAAUUCUUCCACUUCCAUCAAGUCUUCUUACCACCCCUUACCAGUUGAUCCCUCCGCCAUCGACGACAAUGGAGAUAAUUUCCACCUCCCUAACCCACUAAUGGAAAACCCUCCAACCCCCCUCCAUGAUUUCCCAUCCUCAUCCUCCAAAUAUUCCUCCCAGGCCCCCUCCACAACCACCCCAGACACCAAUGGACAGAGCUCCAGCGCCGACAUAACUGAUGAACCUUCCUGGCAAUUACCUCUCCACUCUCCCGAGAUCCGCGAACUAACACCUAAGCCCCUGCGUACACGUGAUUCGGGCUCAAGUGAUAGCUUCAAGGCGAAGUAUUAUGGAGAUUUGAAGCCUGCAACGCCACCUGUUAUAGUUGGCGGCAAUGGAAUUGGACGACAGGUUAGCAGUGGAACCGACUUUGUGGGUCAACGAGGAAGUUACCAAAGGGAUGUUAGUGGGAAGAUUGCAGAAGAGGGGAGAGGGGGUGGUGCUUGGGGCGCGAGAUUGAGAAAUAUUAGCGGGUUGCAGAUCUUGUAA